GAGCGCGGUGCCGGCUAGUUCCCGCUGUCCCCCGCCUGGCGGCUGCUGCCCAGCCACCUCUGCGAAGUUGGCGUUGGAACCCCUCGGCGCCGGCAUGCUGACCUUCUUGUUGAGACCUGUGGGCAUUCUGUGCCUGUCUUCAGGGUUAUUGGUAAUGGCUCAAUUUGGAGGAGACCUCUCACCCAGGAUGAAUCAAGCUUACCUGACUCCCUUCCACAUAAAGAAUCGCAAUGUGGGUCUGAAAGUUGAAGGUUCAAGCUUCACACUAGAUGGCUCUCCUUUCCUGAUCAUAGCAGGCACUAUUCACUAUUUCCGGGUGCCCAGGGAGUACUGGAGGGACCGCUUGCUGAAGCUGAAGGCCUGUGGCUUCAACACUCUUACCACGCAUAUUCCCUGGAACCUUCAUGAGCCAAGAAAGGGCUGGUUUUAUUUUACUGCAAACCUGGAUUUCAUGGCUUUUAUAUCCAUUGCUUCAGAGGUGGGGCUGUGGGUCAUUCUGUGUCCAGGCCCCUAUAUUGGUAGCGACUUAGACCUUGGAGGCUUGCCUAGCUGGUUACUCCAGGAUCCAAAAAUGAAGCUGAGAACAACUUACAAGGGCUUCACUAAAGCAAUGAACCACUAUUUUGAUGAGCUUAUUCCCAAGAUAGUACCACUCCAGUACGGAAAGGGAGGCCCCAUCAUUGCUGUGCAGGUUGAGAAUGAAUAUGGUUCAUAUCAUCGGGAUAAAAGAUACAUGUCCUAUAUUAAAAAGGCCCUGGUCACAAGAGGGAUCAAGGUGCUGCUUAUGACUGCUGAUGAUGGAAAAGAACUGAAAAGAGGCCACUUAAAACAUGUACUUUCCACUCUCCACAUGAAAAAUAUAAAGAAAGAAACUUAUGAUACAUUCUUUUCAAUUCAGGGUCGUACCCCCAUACUGAUGAUGGUGUAUACAGCAAGCUCUUUGGAUGGAUGGGGAGCUGUCCACAAUACUUUGGACUCACAUAUGUUAAUGAAAGAGAUACGUGAUAUGUUCAACUACAGUUUCUCCCUCAACUUCUAUAUGUUCCAUGGUGGCACCAACUUCGGCCUCAUGGGUGGAUCUGCAGUUUUGGACAAUUACCUCCCUAUGAUCACAAGCUAUGGGUAUGGGGCACUGCUAACAGAGAAUGGAGAAUAUACAUCUGAGUACCUCGUAUUUCAAGAGUUUUUUACCUCUUCUUUUGGGGUUCUCAUGCCUCAGCGACCAGAUUUAAUACCUAAGGCAAUAUAUAAGUCACUGCUAACACCAUACUACAUUUCACUGUGGGAUGUCAUACCCUACCUAAAGGAGGCCAUCAGCUCUGUCAAGCCCAUUUGCAUGGAGAAGCUGUCUGUGAACCAGGGGAAUGGUCAGUCCUCUGGGUACAUACUUUAUGAGGUUAUGAUCUCCACUGGUGGCCUCCUUACCACAAAGAAUCAUGUUCAAGACCGAGGUCAGGUGUUUUUGAAUGAGAAUUAUCUAGGGGUCCUGGACCAUUUCACUAACCAGCUGACUAUUCCCACCAAAAUGGACUACAAGGAUAUCCCAACACUGAGGAUCCUGGUGGAGAAUCAAGGCCGCCUUGCCUAUGGGCAGGACAUCAAUAAGGAGAGAAAAGGAUUAAUUGGGGAUAUAUAUCUGAAUAAUUCUCCAUUAAGAAGAUUUAAAAUCUACAGCCUGGAUAUGAAAACUAAAUUUCUAAAAAGGGACCUUCCUAACAUUUGGAAACCAGUCUCAUUCAAACCUCAGGGCCCUGCCUUCUUCCUUGGUAUCCUGAGAAUGGGUAAUUACCCCAAAGACACCUUCAUAAAAAUGGAGGGUUGGACGAAAGGUGUAAUAUUCAUCAAUGGACGAAAUCUGGGGCGCUACUGGAAUAUAGGUCCCCAGGAGGCCCUUUACCUUCCAGGACCCUGGCUUCAUCCUGGAUCAAAUGAGAUCAUUGUGUUUGAAGAAUUUAGACCUGGCCAGGAGAUCCGGUUCACAAACAUAUCUCAUCUAGGUAUGGUAUUCUGGAGGGUAAAUUUGCAGCAUCUGAGAUCAUCCUUCUGGAUCUUUCUAGCUGAGCUAGAGAUAAAGAAGGCAGAAUUUACUAUCUUCCAGGAACCUGAACUCUUCCUCAUUGCCUUUGCAUGA